UUGUCAUUAUCCAGGAAUGAGAACCUUCCAAUCAAAAUUUCUUUUACAUCAAGCCACAGGAGAAAAACUAAAUACGUUUUGUUUGUUUGACUACUGAAUGUCUUAACAUGCCUUUAUGGAAAGAAUAUGUUAGGUAGAUUUUGUAUCAUAACAUGUAACUUCUCAAUUUCAACUGAAUAGGUAGUAAAGAUCAAAGAAAAAUUAAGCUCUCAACCAUAUCACCAGGGAUUUUGGCUUUGAAAUAUUCUUUUUGUUUCCCAUAUUGAGAAAUGUACAUUGACAAAAGCGCAGUGGCAGUAUUACUUAUAUCCAAGAAUACCUGCCACAGUGUAGACUACAGCAUUAUAGUAAAACGACCACCACAGGUAAAGAGUAGUCAUGCAAAUAACUGUAUCUAAUUGGCAAAAAAGUGUUGAAUCUGGUGGAGGACAGCUAACAUUGUAAGUCUUUGAUGAAAGAUAAGCGGUUAGCUUCACGGUUCUGCAGGGGAUCUACCCACUGAUGGCUGAAUAUAAGGACGCUCUACAGACGCGUCAUUCAGAAGGAACAGGAACCCCAGUCAGGACGAGAGAAAACGCAGCAAGCGCCGCAUCACACUCAAUGGGAGCUGCGAUGGGACCCAUACUUCACUGGCUGCACGAUGUGGCAGCUGUUACCCUGCUCAAAGCUCGAAGGACCUUAUUUCAGGCUGCCAUUCUUUUUUGUGUUUUGGGUCUGUUACUAUGGGUGUCAAUCUUUCUUUAUGGAACCUUCUACUAUUCCUACAUGCCCACUGUGAGCUUCUCCACCCCUGUGCACUUCUACUAUACCUCUGAUUGUGCUACCUCGGAAGCAGGACUAUGUUCAUUCCCCACUGCCAACAUCUCUUUCUUGAGGAAUGACAAAGACCAGGUGAUGGCUUAUGGCCAACCUUAUCGGGUGUCUUUGGAAUUGGAGAUGCCCGAGUCACCGGUCAAUGAGCAUCUGGGCAUGUUUAUGGUUAGGAUGUCUUCCUAUGCUAAGGACGGGAAAAUUGUCUCAUCAGUGGGACGUUCGACAAUGCUGCACUACCGCUCCAGCCUUCUGCAGACCAUGAGCACUUUAUUUUUUUCCCCUCUCCUCGUGACAGGCAUGGCUGAGCAGAAGCAGCUCAUAGAGGUCGAGCUCUAUUCAGACUACAAAACUAAUGCUAACCACCCCACUGUGGGGGCUGUCAUACAGAUCCAGUCCAAACGAGUGCAGAUUUACUCAUCGCAGCUCCGCAUACAUGCCUACUUCACUGGUAUCCGUUACAUUAUUUACAACUUCCCAGUAACAUCUGCAGUUAUUGGUGUGGCUACCAAUUUUGCCUUCCUCAGUGUUGUUGUGCUAUUCGGCUACCUGCAAUUCAUUUGGGGCGGCCUAUGGCCUCCAGACCAUGUAAGAGUCAAUGUAAUGAUGGGAGACAACACCCGUUUGCAGCAGAGGAGAGAGGACGCUCGAAAACGUAUGGAGAGAGAAAACUCUCAGAAGGAUCUUGGGUCUCCUAAGGUGGUUGGUUCUGUCAUAGAAGCCCCUGAUUCCCAAGGAAACGGCACAGAGGCUGAUGUGUCACCUCAGAGGUCCACGGUUCUUCGAGAAGCCUGUGGAGCAGAUUUACCUAUUAUUGAAGAAAAGGGAUCAUUGGACUCUAAGGCGCCUGAUGAUGAAGACAAUUCAGAGAUGUUGGAUGAAUGUUUUCCACCUCCAGAUGCCGAAACAACACUCCGACAGAGACCAGGGCCAUGGAUGAGCCUGUGACUGUAAAUCAUCCCACUGACUCCACACAUUAACUACCUACAGUAUGAUUGUGUCAUUCAAAAUAACAUGUAACUUAUUAGUUUAUGAGAAUAGUUAAGGUCUGAUGCAUGGGGCUAUAUUGAUAUGUUAUAUCCAAAAGAUUCCAGUUACUGCUGUGACUCAAUAACUAACAAUAUUGUUAUCUUUGACAGUGUGUCCGUACAACUUGAACAGAACAGCUUUGUUACAGUCUUAUCUUCGUGCUGUUGUUUUUUUUUUUUUUCUUUAUAUCAUGUAUCAUUACAUUCCAGCCUUGUCUUAUUCUGCAGUAUUGUGACCUUGGAUGAUGAUGUGUCAUGCUUACCUUCUCUGUGUAUGUGUCCCUGGCAUCAAAGUACUUUCCUCUACCACAUAAGGAGCAUGGUUACAUAUAUUUGAUUGCCUUGCUAAGUCAGCGGAGCAGGUUGUGUGUUGUUUGUGUCAGGUGACUCCUGUCUCAUAGCCUUCAGUGUCUGAGACACACCAUGUCUAGCAUUGAAAUCAGCAUCAAUAAUGAAUCUUAUUUAGUGCCCUCUCAAGAAUAAAUGUAGCCUUUUUUUUUGCAUGUGAAUUUCCAGAAAAAGCAUAUGCAUGUGAUUUCUUUUUCUAGGGCAACAAUUCUAAUAACUGUACAGUGUUCUAAUGGUUGAGCCUUAGGGAUAUGAGAAAGUAGUUGCAUUGACUUCAUUUUUUCCAUCUAGCACAGAGAGAGGGUUUGUCUCGGUGUGGUAGCUAUGUUAAUGUUCAUGACUCACACAAGACUUGUGAGACUCAUUUUAUUUGAGGGUCAUAAUCAUCUAAUUUAAUAAUGUAUAAUUUGGAUUUUUUUGUGUUUUAAUUACAAGAAGGAUGAACCAAAGUAUUUUAGAUUUAACUUUUAAGAUGUUUGUUAAUGAACAUUUUGUUUAUUUAAACAUGUUUGUAUUUAACAUUUGGGAACAUACAGCACAUAUGUUAUUGGAUGACCAUGUGUAACUCGCAUAAUAUUGAAGUGAGACACUUGUUCUUCCUAUACUGUCUUUCAGAAUAUUCAGCUUGUUGCCUGUGAUAUUACUGAUUGGCUGUUAUUAAUGCACUGGUAUUGGAAUAAACAUUUAAACAUG